AUGUUUGCUCACCCACGUUUCUCGCAGCCCGGUGUCGGGCAUUCUCUGGCCGCAAAAUUAUGGUUGGUUGCUGGGCUAAUCGCAGCCUCUUUUCUUCCAGCAGCCGAUGCUGCGUUUCAACCCGAAGCGAUUUCGCAACUUGUUCCUUGUGCCAGUCUGGAAGAGCUGAGCGACGCACAAUUGUCCUUGGCCGAUCGUGCGAAGACCCCAUAUGAGUGCCUUGCGAUUGUGUACAGAGACGCACUUCUGGAGAUCUGGAAGCACGGCUUGUCAUUCAAUUUUGGGCAGCUCAACCGGAGUGAAUACAACAUGUUGUAUGCCAAAUACGCGAGCCCGUGGCUCACCCCGAUCACACUGACCGACCAAUUGCAUGCGCCGCAACACAACGCUGGCAAUCCUCAGUCCGGAAGUGCUACGUCCGCUAUUGCCCUCAGCGCCUCCGACGAAGAGAAUAUCAUCACAGCAGGUAUCGUGCUAGCAGUUCUUCCCCGCAGCAGCAGGAUCUUGGCAGUUUACAGCAUGUUGCUGCAAUCAGGCAUGAAAGCACAGAGGAUUCGGCGACUGCCACCUACGCCGAUCGAAGUUUUUCUUUGGUGGCUCCCUACGACCCCACGAAGUCUGACUAUCGGCUUCUUGAUUUUCUCCCAGUGCCAAUCCGUGGAUUGA